UCACUCAAGAUCACUUCAACUAAAAUGGCGGUUAAACUCGUUGAAACUCAGCUGACACAAAUGCUGGAGGUACUCAAGACAUCUCACAGGUGGAUUAAGAUUAUGGGAGAAGUGGAAGCCGCACUGGAACACCGUAUAACAGAUUACGAAUUCGUUGUGGACAGAUGGCCGGAUUGCAGGGCGAUGGUUGUUCGUGCGAAGGAUAAUGACUUGCAGCUGAAGUAUCUAGAGCCGCUUGUGAACCUGUACGCUACUGACGACGAAGCACUGAGAGGCCUUCUACACAACCUGGACUGGUCCAAGGGGAUACGAUUUGAAUGUGUGGAACGACGUCUAGUGCCAGUUCUGUCAGAAGUGAUUCAACUCUACCGGGUACCCACAUUUCUCCACACUGACUGUACGUUAAUGAGGGUCACGCACGAUACACUGAAACUCAGGCCCAUUCCUGAGGGCUGUACCAUGUCCAGCCUAACGGCAGAUCAAGCUAGUCAGGUGAAUUCCAGGUGGGUACUACGCAAUGGAGACGUGUCCGAAGCCUACAUCAAGCACUUAAUAACCACACUUCCUUCCACGUGUCUGUACAACCGGGAGGGGGCGCUGCUAGGAUACGCCCUCACCUAUCACUACGGGUGUCUGGGGGUGCUGUACGUGCUGGAAGAACACCGAGGCAAUGGGUACGGAAAGGUGGCCAUGUCCCAGCUCGCUCUAAAACAUCUGCAAAAAGAAAGAGGUGUUUGUCAUGAUACAACGUGUCAAUGUAGCGUCUAUCAAGAUGCAUGA